CUUAAUUUUACUCUCUCUCUCUCAACCCUUGUCUCCUUCAUUUUUAAUCUCAGAUUGUUCACGCCACACUCAGAUGUAUUACCUAUAAAAAGUUUAAGGAAAGCUGAUUUGUCCGAUAGCCCUUUUGUUCUUCAUCAGAGAUGGCGUCAUCCUCGUCUGAAGGUGGUUCACGUAUAGUGUGUGGACCAAUAGAGGGAGACUUAUUACACAUGCAAAGUGUGCAUGUCUCUCAGCAUGUUUGGAACAAAGAAAAAGAUCGAAGAUUAGUAAUCAGACGCGCUAGCCCAACCAACAAGGGUAUCGAGGGAGUUCCUCACCAGAUUGUACCAUUUUUAGAACAAGCUGGCUUUGUUUGGCUUGCCCGCAUGAGUUUCAUAAAGAUUAAUCCCGGUCUAAUCUCUGCAUUAGUCGAGAGAUGGAGACCUGAAACACAUACAUUUCAUAUGCCAUUUGGAGAGUGUACCAUUACUCUCCAAGAUGUUGCAUUGUUGGUAGGCCUCCCUGUCGAUGGUCUCCCACUUCUUGGCUAUGUUAGUGCUGAUUGGAGAGCUUUAUGUGAGGAGUUGUUAGGAAUUCGCCCUACGGAGAUUAAAGGAGGUAAAAUUAAGUUAAGUUGGUUAGAGAAGAAUUUUACAAAUGUUGAAGACCACGUAAAUGAUGUUGAAAAGUUGCGUCGAUAUGCUAGAGCCUGGAUUCUGCGCUUUAUUGGGGGUGUCAUAUUUGUUGAUAGGAGUUCUAGUUACGUUCCUUUGAGGUUCUUGCAAUUUUUACGUGACUUUGAAGUCACUAGGACGUAUGCAUGGGGUGCUGCUGCCCUGUCUUAUUUGUAUCGUCAAUUGUGUACUGCUACCGAGUAUGCAUGUUCCUCCAUUGGUGGAUUGACGAUAUUAUUGCAGUUGUGGGCAUGGGAGAGAUUUAAAAUGAUAGCUCCCAAGGUGUCACCGUCAAUUCCUGAUGCCUCACCCGUUGGUAUGAGAUGGUCUCAGCAUGGACUUGGUAUAAAUGCACGCGAUGAUCUAGUUUAUUAUCGUAAAAAGUUUGAUCAGAUGAAAAGGAAUUAUAUUGACUGGCAGCCUUAUCCAAAGAGUUUGAUCGAACAGAUGCCUCUGAUAUGCACCGAGGGAAUGGCUAUAUGGGGGUCUGUUGUUCCUCUCAUUUGCUUUAACUGUUGUGAGUGGCAUCAGCCUGAUAGGGUCAUGAGACAGUUUGGUUUCCAACAACCAAUUCCACAAGCUCCAAGUCAAGUAGUCGACUUGCAUGGAUUGACACUACGUGGGAAAGAGCAUGAGAACUGGUUCCGCAUUUUAGCCCCAGCUCUUCAGCAUUGGGAAAUGCGUAGGAAGUUACACUUUCAACCCACUGCAUUGCAGGUUGGACUCUUGAGUCCAAAUUCAGAUUACAUGAGGUGGUAUAAGCUGAAAACCAAGUUGUACAUAGACCCAAAUGAAGCACACUUUUCAGUGAUGACUGACGUGGGUGAAUUGUUGGCCUAUAUGGCAUCUCCAGAAGGCCGGAGUAUGUGGACUGUAGAAAAUUUGAUGGAGCAGGCUAAUAGAAUCCUCACCAUAUCUAACGAGCAUGAGCGUGUAACUGAGUCUGCUGCACCAGCUCCCCCUGCUGCUACUAGGGUGGAGGUGCCAUCAUGUCAUGUUCCUGCUUCAUGUAAAGAACUAGGUGGAUUUCAGCGACGAAGGAAGGCGGUGGAGCCACAAGAGUAUACUUUCCCUGUUAUGCCUGAACGACAACAAGGGUUGUAUUAUGUUCCUUCACAACAUUCAUAUUACCCUUCACAGGAGCAGUCAACUUAUUGGUACCCGCCACCGCCGGUGGCGAACGCAUUUGUUACCGACACCACUCCUGCACCUCCAAACCCGAAUAUGAUGUCACAACUGUUUGGAAAUUCUCCAAGUCCUGCUCAGACCCCUGUAGCAGCACAACAUAGUGGAACACAAAAGACAGCUACCACCCCUGCACUCCCAAACCCGAAUAUGAUGUUACAAUUGUUUGGAAAUUCUCCUAGUCCUGCUCUGACCCCUGCAGAAGCUCAACAUAGCGGAACGCCACACACUCCGUUAGCACAACAUAGUAUUGAAAAGCUUGACAACACGACUUGAACUUUGAUUCAUAGUUACCACAAUUUGGUAAAUGAGAGUAUUGGAUGAAGUGUUUCAUACUAGCAGGCAUUAUAACUUGAAAAGUAACAAUUGUGCUAAUUCCUGUUAAACGAAGAUGGCUUCGUCCACGCCACAAACCCGGAGUUAGGAUAGUAGAUCAGUAAUCAACUUUAUAUGGAGCGGUAUCCAAUAUUGACUUUGAAAAAACUAGUUUUUGCAUCUUCUAUACAUAUUUGACUUUGUGUUUGAGAAU